AUGCCUCCUCUCACAAUCUCACUCAUGGUCCUCUUCAUGACCAUAAUCAUUUUCAUUGCAGACUCACAAUCCUUUAUCGGCGUCAACUACCAGGUCGCCAACAACCUCUCGCCGCCCUCCAACACCGCAAAGCUCCUCCAGUCCACCUCCAUCAAGCGCGUCCAUCUCUACAGCGUCGACCCGGCCAUCAUCAAGGCCCUCGCUGGCUCCUGCAUCACCAUCGUCAUCGACGCCGCCAACGGUGACAUCCCGGCCCUCACCUCCGAUCCCAACGCAACGGGGCAGUGGGUGAACUCCAACGUCCUCCCCUUCUACCCCGCCAGUAAAAUCGACCUCAUCAAUGUCGGCAAUGAGGUCCUCCUAUCCAACGACCAGGGCCUCAUCUCCCAGCUCCUCCUUGCCAUGCGAAAUGUCCAAUCUGCCCUCACCGCUGCGUCUCUCGAUGGCAAGGUCCGGGUCUCCACGGUGCACUCCAUGGCCGUUUUGGUCCAGUCCGACCCGCCUUCUGUGGGUCUGUUCAACCUGGGAUUCCAGGACAUCCUCAAAGGACUUCUCUCCUUCUAAAGGGACAAUGGAUCGUCGUUUACGGUUAACCCGUACCCGUUUUUCGCGUACCAGAGCGACCCGAGGCCCGAAACACUGGCGUUUUGCUUGUUCCAGCCUAACGCGGGAAGAGUCAACUCGGGGAAUGGGAUCAAGUACAUGAACUUGUUCGAUGCUUAGGUUGAUGUCGUGCGGUCAGCCUUGAAUGCAGUUGGAUUCAAAGACAUUGACAUUUUGAUUGCUGAGACUGGAUGGCCAUACCAUGGAGAUGACAACGAAAUUGGACCUAGUGUGGAGAAUGCAAGGGCAUAUAAUGGAAAUUUGAUUGCACAUCUUAGAUCCAUGGUUGGGACUCCGUUAAUGCCUGGACAAUCUGUGGAGACGUAUAUCUUCGCGCUCUAUGAUGAGGAUUUGAAACCUGGUCCAGCCUCUGAGCGAUACUUCGGUCUGUUCAAGCCUGAUCUAACUGCGACAUAUGACGUUGGUCUCACAAAGAGUAGCCAGAUGACGCAGUCUCCAUCACCCAAGCCUACUUCAGCACAGUGGUGUGUGCCCAAAUCCGACGUUUUUAUUGCUCAAUUGCAGGCAAAUCUUGACUAUGCUUGCGGCCAUGGUAUUGAUUGCAGCGCAAUCCAACCAGGAGGCGCCUGUUUUGAUCCAAACACUGUUGCAUCGCACGCUGCCUAUGCCAUGAAUCUAUAUUAUCAUAUUGUUGUCACAGUUCCUUUGAAUUGUAAUUUCUCACAAACAGCAACGCUCACAUCCUCAAAUCCCAGUUAUAAUGGUUGCAGUUACCCUGGUGGAAGUACAGGACUACCUGUGGAAGCAGGGAAGGUUAAUAUUAUAUCAAAUAACGGAUUCGUUAGGGUUAGAAAUCAAUUGGAUAUAAGGAAUAAGGUAUUGGUGUACUUUUUUGUUGUUUUUAAUUUAUACAUGUAGGCCUUUAAUUGUAAAGGUUCCUAGUUUUGUUUGGGAUAUUGUUAGAACGAAAUUUCUUACACGAAGAAAUAUCUCCACAAAUUUGUUGUCUGUAAUCCGCACAUUUGGUGAAUCCCUAAUCGAGAAGCGUCCCAAAGCUUCUUCAUUUAAAAGAGAGGGGAGGGGGUUGUUG